UGACCGUGUGCCUGUUAUUAUGUCCCCGGACGGCCGCCGCCAACACCCAAACACAGUGCGGCAAAACAGGCGAGUGGCGCUCAGCUCAGCGCCUCUAAUGAACGAGUGCGCAGGAAGAAACAUGAGUCACGACUGAGGUCUGCGCCAUGUCUUUUAAGAAGGAAACACCCCUGGCUAAUGCCGUGUUUUGGGCGGCGAGGAAGGGGAACUUGGCUCUUCUUCAGCUGCUGCUCAACAGCGGCCGCGUGGACGCAGACUGCAGAGACAGUUACGGGACGACAGCGCUGAUGGUGGCGUCGUACAGCGGCCAUUAUGACUGUGUCAAAGAACUCAUCAUGCAAGGGGCUGACAUCAACUAUCAGAGAGAGACUGGUUCCACUGCCCUGUUCUUCGCCUCGCAGCAGGGACACCAUGACGUCGUGAAGCUGCUCUUUGAAUUCGGUGCCUCCACUGAAUUCCAGACAAAGGACGGAGGCACAGCUCUCACCGUCGCCUCCCAGUAUGGACACUCCAAGGUGGUGGACACCCUGCUGAAGAAUGGAGCCAAUGUUCAUGACCAGCUGAAUGAUGGUGCCACCUCUCUGUUCCUCGCCGCUCAGGAGGGUCAUGUGACUGUGAUCCGUCAGCUGCUUUCAUCUGGGGCCAAGGUUAACCAAGCGAGGGAGGACGGCACUGCCCCCCUGUGGAUGGCAGCUCAGAUGGGUCACAGUGAGGUGGUGAAGGUGCUGCUCUUGCGUGGUGCAGAUCGGGAUGCUGACAGACAAGAUGGAUCCACGGCGUUAUUCAAAGCGGCUUUAAAGGGACACAACAGCGUCAUCGAGGAGCUCCUCAAGUUUUCUCCUUCACUCGGCCUUCUCAAGAACGGCUCCACUGCCCUCCAUGCUGCUGUUAUGGGCGGAGAUCAGCGAACUGUUCAGCUGCUGCUCGGGGCCAACGCAGACCCCGCCCUCCCCAACAAGAGUAAUGAACUCCCUGCAGAUCUUACAAAGAGCGAUCGCAUCCUCAAAGUUUUACAUCUAAAACUCUUGAAUGGAGACAGCUGAUGACAACCCCGGACCCCCGUCCUCCUGCCUGCCUGAACCGCACUGAUGUGAGGGGAAAAUAAAGCAACAACACACUGUCGAAUCUACUCAACCACAUGUACUGUACAUGGUGCUUGCUUCUGAUUGCUGUCAUAUGUUGAAUAAACCUGGACUAAAUACUCAGCAACACAAUGUGCGACCAAACUGCAUCUGUCCUCCACCUGCAUCGUCUCCUUUAAGCUGGUGUUCCACAGUAUAUGCAUUUAUUUUUCUUCACCCCCCCGGUGUUGUAAGAUUUCUAGAUAUUUUG